AUGGCCACAGAACGUUACCAAUUGGCAGAAGUACUAGCCGUGGCCAAAAUCCACCCGUUCUACAAUCCAGAUGUCGAUUAUCCUCCCGAUACCGACACGGUCCAAAGACUUCGUGAGUUAAUUGACCAAAAAGCGAACCCUGCUCUCCAGGAACAGCCAUUGCUCAACAAGAAAACACUGUACAAGGUCAUUGAGCGGCUUAUCCAUGAUAUGGACCCCCUGAACACAUAUCGGCAAAGUUCUUAUAUGUCCAUCACUGGCGGCGGCUCUGGAGGGAUUCCUAUGUUGUUUGCCGUGGAUGCAUAUGAGAACCGUCGGCAGAGGGCCCAGAUGGGAAAUUUCAUCAAACUUUGUGGUAUGAUUGAGCCGGGAGAUUGGGUGCUAUCCACCCAUUUGGCCGGGGGGUUCUACAGGUCCCUCGAUCUCACGACGGAGGUCAUGGAAAAUGCUGGAGCGACCGUUUUGAGCGCCGGGAGCUAUAUGCCACCUACGGAAGUUGCUAGGUCUCUGGCAGACUACCAUGUCAAUGUCUUAGCCGGCGACGGCAGUCAAGUUGUUCAAGUUGUUCACCAUAUCUCGAUGUUGCCUCAGGAUUAUCGUGAUCGUAUCAACCUGGAGAAGAUAAUCUAUACUUCAGAGCCCCUUACUAGCCCCCAGCGGGUGUUCAUCCAGACGAUUCUGAGCGGUGUUAAGAUCCUUUCCUUGCUGGGUAGUUCCGAAGCGGGUCCCUGGGCGAUCAGCAGCCCCGAUCUAACGGGAGAGCACAGCCUCACUGGUAGCAGCACCGAUUUUGUCUUUGACACGCGCAGCAUGGUGAUUGAGAUCGUUUCACCUUCCGACCUAAACAGUGCAGCUCAGCCCGAUCUGCACCCAAUCCCACUUGGUGAACCAGGCCUCGUCGUGCAGACAUCUCUUCAAAGACUGCGCAAUCCCCUGAUACGCUAUAACACCGGUGAUAUUGGUUCCGUUCAUCCCCUACCGGAUACGGCCUCUGCUAUGAUUCCUAAGGCUGACCGGGAACACCUCCGUGUAUUGCGCAUGCGCGGGCGUGACCAUCGCUUCAGCUUCAAGUGGUAUGGUGCAUAUUUCGAGUUCGACAAGAUCGGCGCCUUGAUGCAAACGAAGGAAUUUGGCAUUCUCCAGUGGCAAAUUAUUUUGGACAGACUGGAGACUACGCCCCAAUCAACUUUGGAAAUUCGCUUGCUCAAACGUUCACAUGAUGGCGUUAUAUCUGAUAAAAAUCUCAGACAUCGAGUCGAGGACUUCUUUCUUAUAUUUCCCGAGAAUGAGCAUCUUGCACGGAUUGUGUUUGUCAAUGACCUUGAAGGGUUUGAGCGGAGCAUUACUGCGAGGAAAGUCAUCAAGUAUAUAGAUCGUUGGAAUCAUUGA